AUGUGUGUAAACGGUCUGUGGUAAACAAAAUCAGAGGUUGGUCCGUUAAACCACGUGUUCACAAACAGGUUAGGUUAUAAUUUCUAACAUGCUUCAGUCAGUAUCGGUUCGAACGUUUAACGAGGCUAACACUAUUUUCUCUUCAGUUUUUUGUUAAAAAGUGGAACUAAAAAAUAAGAUAAUGUUCCGUAAAGGACUAUCGGAAGACGAACUUCGCAGACUUGCUGAGGAGAGUGACUUUAGUGAUAGUAGUAUGUCUGAAAGUACGUUUUAUGAUUCUGAUGCCGAUCCAGUGUACAAUGAAAAUGUUACUGAUGGUUCUUCAGACUCAUACAGUAGUGAAUAUGAGUCUCGUAGAAAAAAAGCUAAAAUUUGCAAACAAACACAAAAUUGCAAAGAAUUUACUGCAGGUUCUAGUUCUAACCAAAAGGAGGCUGAUACAAGAAGGAUAGAAAAAGCUGAAUCUGCAAACGUUAGCCUGGAAGCUGUUAUUGACGAUGUAUCAAGAAAUAAAAUAACUGCAGGUCCUAGUUGUAUCCAAAAGGAGGCUGAUACAAGAAGGAUAGAAAAAGCUGAAUCUGCAAACGUUAGCCUGGAAGCUGUUAUUGACGAUGUAUCAAGAAAUAAAAUAACUGCAGGUCCUAGUUGUAUCCAAAAGGAGGCUGAUACAAGAAGGAUAGAAAAAGCUGAAUCUGCAAACGUUAGCCUGGAAGCUGUUAUUGACGAUGUUGUAUCAAGAAAUAAAAUAACAUGGAGCGAUGUGCCAAAUCCAGAUGAUCUCAAUAAGUUCGAACUAUCAUUUACUUCAGGAAUAAAUCAGGAAGAACUCGCAAAACUUACAGACCACAAACCAAUAGAUUUCUACCUACUGUUUAUCGACCGUCAAGUGCAAGAUUUGUUGGUUACUGAAACUAAUAAAUACGCCGAACAAACCAUAAUCGCUGGUAUUGUAAAUGAGUCAAUAACGAAACAUUCGCUUAUGAGUAACUGGAGACCAAUUGACAGAAAAGAAUUGCUUCGAUUUUUGGCUCUCAUUAUUUGGAUGGGGUUAGACAGAAAACCGAAACUCAGAAAUUAUUGGAGUAACAAUUUACUUUACAAAAAUGAAGUUUCUAAAAUGUGUGAAAUAAGUAGAAGUCGAUUUGAAAUAUUAUUACACUUCUUUCACAUUUCAGAUAACGAGAGCUGCCCACCUGGAAACAGACUCUACAAAAUUUCUCCUCUUGUACAAAUACUAAAUGAAAAGUUUCAGAAAAUGUGUACUCCUAGAGAAUCGUUAUGUAUUGACGAAACUAUGGUGCCAUUUCGUGGUAGACUUAGUUUUUUGCAAUACAUUCCUGGAAAAAGACACAAAUAUGGAGUCAAAUUGUUUAAACUUUGCGUCGCAGAUGGAUAUACGUACGCCGUUAAAGUGUACGGUGGAAAAGAGAUGCAACCAUCUGAAAAGUCGUUAGCAUCCAGAGUGGUGAUGGAACUUAUGCAACCGCUUCUAGAUACAGGCAGAAGUUUAUAUACUGAUAAUUUUUAUACGAGUGUUGACUUGGCUCAUGAUUUAAAUAAUAGGAAAACCCAUUUAGUCGGAACAUUACGUUCCAAUAGGAAACAUAAUCCCAAAGCGGUAGUCAAUGCAAAAUUAAAAAGAGGUGACAUGAAGUAUCUACAGAGUAAUACAAAAGUUGUUAUCGGAAAAUGGAAAGAUAAACGGGACGUUUUGUUUUUAACGACCAAGGAUAUUCCUUUGAUGAUAGAUGUUCAAACAAAACGUGGACCUGUUCCCAAACCAUCGACCAUUGUUGACUAUAAUUCUGCAAAAUCUUUUAUCGAUGUGUCGGAUCAAAAGGCUGCAUAUAAUUCCCCUGUUCGACGAAGUAUGAAGUGGUAUCGUAAAUUGGCUGUGGAAUUACUAACAAAUACCGCACUUGUGAACUCUUUAGUUCUCUACAAAUCUGUUACUGGCAAACAUCUCUCAAUUACUGAGUUCCGUGAACAGAUUGUUCAAAGUCUUUUAAUGCCUCAAACAACUUCUGAAAACUCUUUAACAACUUCUGAAAACUCUUUAACAACUCUGCAUACGUUGGACGAGAAAGAGAAAAGGGGAAGGUGUUCAGCAUGUUACAAGAACUUUUCGAACCGUGAAGGAAGAGCAUCAGCGAUGAAGAAUGCCAAAAGGGUAUACACUUUUUGUCCGGCAUGUGCCGUUAAUACCGCAUAUAUGUGUGUUAAGUGUUUUGUGAAUAUUCAUACAUGUUCUUUGAAAAAAUAAAUUGUUUUUGUAUUUUUAAACUUAAAAUAUCUUAGGGAGAAGGUAUUUGAUUAUCUUCCUGGUGUGAGCCAAUAUGGCACACAUGGUCCACAUUAAAACAAAUUACAAAAAUAAUUAUAAAUAGACCGUGUGUACCCUGUUGGUACAUGCUGUUUUUUUACUUAAAAAAUGUAUUUUGUUUUUAUUUUAGAAUAGAAAUAAAUAGUUAUACACAUUCUUAUUUCAAAAUUAUUAAAAAAAUGUUCCGGUCUGACAGAAAAAUUAUGUCAUGAUGGUCCGGGGC